AGUUAAAAAGAAGAAUUUGGAAUUAGGCCUAUAUUUCUAAUAAGUCAUUUAAGAAUGUUGUUAAGCCCUGGACAGUAUGACUCAGUUGGUUGGGCAUUGGCCUGUGUGCCAGGAGGUUGCAGGUUUGAUUCCUGUCAAGGGCUCAUGCCCAGGUUGAGGGUUCGGUCCCUAAUAGGGGGUUUACGGAAGGCAGCUGAUCCGAUGACAUUGAUGUUUCUCUCCCUGGCCCUUCCUGUCUCUCUAAAAAUGAGUAAAUUAUUCUUAAGAAGAAGAAGAAAAAAAAAAUUCUUAAAAAACAACAACAAUGGCGUUUAUUUCACUAGGUCAGGCAGUAAAAAUGACGUAACCCAUUCUAUCAGUAUAUUCUAACCACCCUUUUUUACACUGUGGAAACUCAGUUUAUCUUGCUACAUCCCUGUGUUAGGUAACUGGGUCUCCCUAAAAUCUAGGCCCUUGGUUGUGACUUCAAUGAUCUGUGGCAGGGGAGUAGAGUUACAUAGGGUGAUGCCCAAGGAGCUGAUGCCUAGAGGGAGCAGUGAAUUGAGUUAGAGUCCCAUUCGGGAGAUCCUGAUACCUGUGAUUCAGUGCAGUGCAAUGAAUGCUUUGUUGUUGUGGGUAGAUACUGAGAGCCCAUUUGGCCAUUUAAAAGCUACCCAACACUUUGUUGUAGAGGCUGAGGAUACAAAGUCCAAUAAGUUGGGAAACUGAAGCCUCAGAGAGGUGGUGAAGCCUGCUUUGGGGCCAUGUGACAAUAAUAUGGGGCUAAUAAUGGUCUUGCUGUGAGGAGGAACUAGAAGAACAAUGCUGUGCCCUGAAACCAGAUUCAGGUGUUUUAAUGCCAAAGCCUGACUUCUUUACGAAAAUCCCUGGUUUUCUGUAUUUUGAGGAAAUGACCAUUAAGAAGUAGAUGCCCAGAUGCAAAGUGAUGAAACAGCCAAUUUGUCAUAAAGUAAAAUGCAGCUGUGGCUUUUCAACCAGAUUAGAACAAAAUUUUAUCUAUUUUUCUCAGAAGAGAAUUCCACAAGAUUAGGUAUCUGAUUUUGAUGGAUGGCAGAUAAGAAUCCGUUUGUGGGCAUGGAACAAGCCAUUUUACCCCCAUAUUUCAGAAUAUGGUUAAGUCAUCAAACAAAGAAAACAUGGUAUGUUGAAGUAUGAUUAAACUCCUGAUGCUGCAGCAGAGGCUAAGAAUAUUAAUGGCCAGAUCUAGCGCUCACAUGGUCUUCUGAAAGAAGCCAUGGGUAGCUGUUGUAGCUGUCCAGAUAAAGACACUGUCCCAGAUAACCAUCGGAACAAGUUUAAGGUCAUUAAUGUGGAUGAUGAUGGGAAUGAGUUAGGUUCUGGCAUAAUGGAACUUACAGACACAGAACUGAUUUUAUACACUCGCAAACGUGACUCGGUAAAAUGGCACUACCUCUGCCUGCGACGCUAUGGCUAUGAUUCGAAUCUCUUUUCUUUUGAAAGUGGUCGACGGUGUCAAACUGGACAAGGAAUCUUUGCCUUUAAGUGUGCCCGUGCAGAAGAAUUAUUUAACAUGUUGCAAGAGAUUAUGCAAAAUAACAGUAUAAAUGUGGUGGAAGAGCCAGUUGUUGAAAGGAGUAAUCAUCAGACAGAAUUGGAAGUCCCCAGAACACCUCGAACACCUACAACUCCAGGAUUUGCUGCUCAGAACUUACCUAAUGGAUAUCCCCGAUAUCCCUCUUUUGGAGAUGCUUCAUCCCAUCCUUCAAGCAGACAUCCUUCUGUGGGAAGUGCACGCUUGCCUUCAGUAGGUGAAGAAUCUACACAUCCUUUGCUUGUGGCUGAGGAACAAGUACAUACCUAUGUCAACACUACAGGUGUGCAAGAAGAACGGAAAAAUUGCACAAGUGUGCAUGUCCCGUUGGAGGCGAGGAUUUCUAAUGCUGAAAGCAACACUCCAAAAGAAGAACAAAGUGGUCUGGAGGACAGGGACCCUCAGAUUCUUCUUGAACCCGAAGUAGUCAGAUUUGUCUUAGGACCAACUCCUGUUCAAAAGCAGUUAAUGGAAAAAGAGAAACUGGAGAAAAUUGGAAGAGAUCAAGUCAGCGGAAGUGGUGCAAAUAACACAGAAUGGGACACUGGAUAUGACAGUGAUGAACGAAGAGAUGUACCCUCUGUUAACAAACUAGUGUAUGAAAAUAUAAAUGGGUUAUCUAUCCCUAGUGCCUCAGGGGUCAGGAGAGGUCGUCUGACAUCCACCAGUACCUCAGAUACCCAGAAUAUCAACAACUCAGCUCAGAGAAGAACUGCAUUAUUAAACUAUGAAAAUUUACCAUCUUUGCCUCCUGUUUGGGAAGCCCGCAAGCUAAGUAGGGAUGAAGAUGACAAUUUAGGACCAAAGACCCCAUCUCUAAAUGGCUACCAUAAUAAUCUAGAUCCAAUGCAUAAUUAUGUAAAUACAGAGAAUGUAACAGUGCCAGCAAGUGCUCACAAAAUAGAAUAUUCAAGGCGUCGAGACUGUAUACCGACAGUCUUUAACUUUGAUAUCAGACGCCCGAGUUUAGAACACAGGCAGCUCAAUUACAUACAGGUUGACUUGGAAGGUGGCAGUGACUCCGACAACCCUCAGACUCCAAAAACGCCUACGACUCCUCUUCCACAGACCCCUACCAGGCGCACAGAGCUGUAUGCUGUGAUAGACAUCGAAAAAACUGCUGCUAUGUCAAAUUUGCAGAAAGCACUCCCACGAGAUGAUGGUACAUCUAGGAAAACUAGACAUAAUAGUACUGAUCUGCCCAUGUGAGCCUGGAAAGCAUUACAUUGUUUGCACCUUUGUGAAUUUUUAAAAAAUGAAGAUGCAAGUGCUUCAUUUUCAUUUCUAAACACUAACUCCUUUUAUAGACUGAUAAAUUUUUUUUAAUAUUUCAUGUGCUUCUUUAACUAAAGGGAAUUAAUGUAGAGCAGGUACUCAUUAAAGAACACUAAUUUCAUUAUAUACUACUCAUUACUGUACAGCAGCACUCCCAUUUUCACAGUGCCUAUUAAAGUGAGAGUUGAAGUGAGUGACAUGCUGGUUGAUUUUUAUCAAUUUACUGGACUUAUGCAUAUCAUUCAUGUCUAAGUCAUGGUUGGCAUUUCAAACAUUUUAUAAAGCCUCUUGAUAAUGUGCAUUGCUAACAGAUAAUUCUAGGCUUUGAAAGUAAUAUUUGUAGAUUCACUGUUCAUGGUAUGUGAUGUCCAGCAUGUAACAUGAGAAAUCUUUUAUUUCAUUAAUUGUAGGCUUUUUGACUUGAGCCAAACCAUAUGUAAAGGAAAUAGAAGUACCACACUCCUUAUAUACCAGUCAGCUCCUUUGCCUUCAGCUUACUAGAAAGAGCCCUGUGUCCAUGAAUAUGGUUUGCUGUUGGUGUGUUGAAAGGUGGAAAGGAUACAAGAUUUUCUGUUUAUUCAUCUCAUGAUGUCAUUGGAAGGGCAUGCCCAGAUUAUCUUAAUCAGAAUUACAAUAGGCUCAAGAAUCAGUCUCAGGUCACUUUACCCAAAAAAGCAUUUGAAAAUCUGAACCAUGAUCUCUUGAAAGUGUCUCUCCUAUGGAUUAUUAACAGUAAAUUGUUUCUGGAGGUAUUUGUGCUGUUAGAUUGCCAUUUACCUUCAGUUUUUUUCCUUUGGUGUUUGGGAUGUCUUCUU